GUUACGUAUAUAAUAUUUAUGAUUUACAUUACAACUCCAUAAAAAUACGAAAGAAAGUAGAUUUUGAAAAAAAAAACAAGAAAAAAAUGUCAUUGGAAAAAUUUCAAGCAACAGAUGCUUGGCGAAAUAAAUUAAAAACACAUCUAUUCGCAGAACGGAAACCCCCAAUUAUAGCUGGAACAACAAAAUCAUCUCCGUCUGUAACACCUCAAACCCCACAAAGACUAAGCUAUCAACUAUCCGACGAUCUGCAAGUUAUUCUCGAAGAAAAAAAGAUUCCCCGUUCCAACACAGAAAUGCCCCGUGUUCGAGUUCGUGAUGGUGAAGAGGAUGACAAAGAGAAUAUCAAAGAAUUCCAAGAACGUCUCCAUGCUGCUACCAACACACCCAAAAAGCAGCUAAAACGCCAACCACACAUUGUCGUCGAUACGACUUUGAUGGAUGAUGGCAACGAAGCUCUUCACUGUACCAAUACUAGUUUCGAAACAUUGGAAAAUAUGUGUGAAAAAACUGCCUCGGAUCCAAAUAGUACUUUAUUCAAAUACCUCCACCAUGGAUCACCACCAUCUUCAUCUUAUCAGCCUACACGAAAUGUUCGAGUACCUUCUUACGAUGAAGAAGCUGAUGCUUUACAACGUCUUUUAGACGAAUUGAAUGUCGAAGAGACUGAAAAACGAUUAAAAGGCAUUCCUAUUCCCACUUUGGCCGAUGACACUCAAUUAGAUGAUAUUGAAGCUCCAUCUAGAUUCUGGGAGAACACAAUGACACCAGAGACUUUAAAGUCAAUAUCACCAGUUAAGAUGGUUGGAUUGAUGAGGCAAUCGACAAUCAUGGAAGAGUAUUCGGAUGUGUCGGAAUCCGAGGCAAGUUCGACGAGUUAUCAAAGCGCCAUGAAAACUGUGUUUUCCAGUGAAACAAGUGGUUGUUAUGAUACAGCCAAUGAUACAGCUGCAAAUAGUGAACGAGGAGCAAUGUUGAAGAAAUUGUCUACAAAUUCAUCGGAAAGAUCUUCAUCUUCGGAAUUAUUCCAGCAAAGACAUAGCAGGCAGAAAUUUUUCAGCGAAGAGAAGGAGGAAGAUCUGGAAGACGAAGAAGAUCUAGAAAACAUUGAAAAAUCCAUUCAUCUUAUGGACUUUUCUUUAAUGAAGAAAAAUGAGGAAGAAGAUCCUCUUGGAGAAUCAUUGCAACUGAUCGAUUUGGAUACAACAGUUAAGAGUCCUCAAGAAGAUGAUGAUGAAAUCCAACAAGAUUCUAAUUCGGCAUCAUUAUCAUCGAAGUUGUCUGAAGAAGAAGAAUCGUAUUCAUUGGAACCAUUGAAAAUGUCUGGAGAAUUAUCAACUCAAAUCACACAAUCUGAUGAAUCGGAAAGCUUAAUCAUUGAACUCUCUGAUGAUGAAUCAUCUUCAGCAGUGGCAGCUUGCACUAAGAAAGAAGAAGAAGAUUCUGAGAGUGUCAUGAAUCGAAGUUUUACAAUAAAAUCACAAGAAAAACCACCACAAACUGAUGAUGAAGAGAAAUCACUUCAUUUCAAUGAUACUAUGGAAGAAGUUGAAUAUAUGAUGAAUAAGGGAAUGCAAUACCUGCAGGCAGCUAAGGAAGAAACAAAAGACCAUCAUCUAUCACCAAUGGCCACUAAGAAGAGUCAUUUAACUCCGGUUAAGAAAUUUGAACGUUAUCGUUCUCCAUCGCCAAUGUUGUCAUCACCAUCGACUCCAAAAACAGUUAUUGCCAAACCGAAGCCACUGAAUAAUAAGCAUGUUUUGAAUAUAAAGCCAUUCCCCAAAUUGGAUUUGUUUAAGAAACCUCAGGGGAGUGGUUUAAAGCCACCGAAUAAGUAUACGUCGGCAAUAAAGAAGCAACAAUAUGCCCAUGUGGUUAGUCCGAUUGGAGCUUAUAUCAAGAAAACUCCAACAACACCAUUAAUUUCGACAGUUAGACCUGAUGUGGCAGGAGUUUCAGUUUUUAGGAAAUUGGAUUGCGAUAGUCGAGCUGGAAUGGGCUCCCCAAAGAAGCAGGUACAGCCACAAAAUCAAAUUCGCAGCUUACCGAAGAAGGCAUACGUUUCGUCAGAGUUGAAACAUAUUGUCGAUGAACGAACUCAAUAUACAAUUCCUGGAGGACCUAAAAUUCAAAAGUAUCUAGCAUCUGCCAUGAUUCCAGCAGUUGUUCGUCACGAGGGUAAAAUUAAGAUCCCUGCUAAUUUACGAACUAGCGAUAUGGAAGCGAAAGCGCCGAGAAGGACCGAUGAUAGUUUGGCUGAUUUGAGCUUAGCUUCUGGUGAUAUGUCUGUUUAUACUAUUAGAGAUGCACAAAAGUUUUAAGAAAACAGAAUUUUCUUUUUUUUUUAUUUUAAUUUUCUUUAAUUUAAACAAAAACUCUUUGUGUACCUUUUUUCUUGUCUUUUAGUUUAUAAUUUUUUUUUUUUUUAGUUUUAAUUCUUAGAUUGAAUAUUCGUGUUGAAUGUUGAAUUUUUUUUAAUUUAAUUCGCUUAUUAUUUCUUGUAAUGUAU